AUGUCAUUCCUGGGUAGCCUUCGUCAGAAGGCUUCAUUUUGGGAUAAAAUAGCAGAGAAUUUUGCACCUUCCCAGACAAGAGAUGAGAAGUUUAGAAAUGAAUAUAAAUUACCUCUAGAGGAGAGUAUUAUAGAUGAUACCAAUGCUGAUUUGUCGUUCAUCAGUGCGUACAGCAAAUCUAAGGAGUUAAAGAAGAAAGAAGGUCAAGCGAUGGCCUAUGUGUAUUCUGGAAAGUUAUUUUUGACUCCCCACUACUUAGUUUUUAGGGAUGCUUUUGACAAUUCAUCAUGCAUAAUGAUUCUUAAUGUUUCGACGAUAAAAAGGGUGGAGAGAGCACCAUUUAGCUCAUAUGCAUUAUCAUUAGUGGUUACUCUUUACUCCGGGACUCAGGUGCUUAUUCAAUUUAUUGGAGUUCGUUACAGAUCCGAACAAUUUUGUGAACAACUAAAAAAGUGUUUAAAGGGAAAUAUCGACCACGCUAAAGCCCUGCCAACGUUUUUGGAUUCAUGUUAUUCUGAAUUCUUGUUACGGAAGAAUCUGCUACAGAUGAAAGAUAUCAAGGCACCUGGUGGUGGUCUCGGUCAAAAAUUCAAGUAUCCUGGUCAGAAUACAGUUGCAAAGGAGAAAGCUAAACUUAGAUUGUGGUUCAAUUAUUUUAGAGAGAAUGGUGCCAAUUUAGCAAUUGUAAAAAAUUAUACUUUUGAAAAGCUAAUUAGGGUUGGAGUCCCAAGCAGAAUAAGAGGUGAGAUAUGGGAACUGUGCAGCGGGUCCGUUUAUUUACGCCAACAAAGUCCUCAUGAAUUUCAAGAAAUCUUAGCCAAAAAUGAAGGUAAGACUUCACAGGCGGUAGAAGAAAUCGAAAAAGAUUUGAAACGAUCUUUGCCUGAGUAUUCUGCUUACCAAACGGAGGAAGGUAUUCAGAGGUUGAGAAGGGUUCUAACGGCAUAUUCUUGGAAAAACCCCGACGUUGGGUAUUGUCAAGCUAUGAAUAUCGUGGCCGCGGGACUUCUCAUAUUUAUGACUGAGGAACAAGCGUUUUGGUGUUUAUCGAAAUUAUGUGAUUGCUACGUGCCAGGUUAUUACUCCAAGACAAUGUACGGAACUCUGCUAGAUCAGAAAGUUUUUGAGGCCUUUGUCCAAGAAAAAAUGCCAGUGUUAUGGGAGCACAUUGAAAAAUACGAUAUUCAAUUAUCUGUAGUGUCAUUGCCGUGGUUUUUGUCUUUAUUUUUCACCUCAAUGCCCCUAGAGUAUGCUGUUAGGAUAAUGGAUAUCUUCUUCAUGAAUGGAUCGAAGACACUUUUCCAGGUGGCCCUGGCCAUCUUGAGGAUCAAUGGUGAGGAUCUCUUAGAGGCAGAGGAUGAUGGUAUGUUUAUUGCUAUCUUAAAAAAUUAUUUCCUUACUUUGGAUAAGAGUUCACAUCCUGAAUCUGCGGACCCCAAAUUUAGACAAAUAACCAAAUUCCAGGAACUUCUGGUGACAGCAUUUAAAGAGUUCAACAUUAUUACCGAAUCAAUGGUUACUCAGCAUAGAAGCAAGUAUCAGAAUGGCAUUUUACAAAAUAUUGAGACCUUUGUUAAAAAGACACAACUUCGUCACAUGCCUAAGACCUUCCAUCUAGAAGAAUUCGAAUUAUCCAACAUUUAUGAUUUAUUCUACCAAAGUAUUGCAACUCACAAGAUUGGCAUGGGGACUGGAUCGUCUAAUAUGGAUUUCCCCGUUUUUGUUGGCUUUUUGGCAAAGUUCUGUGACUGGUGUAAGCCAAGUGAUAGUGAUAGAAACCCAACAUAUGUGGAACAGAAGAAUGAAUUUUUGAAAAGACUUUUUAAAAAAUGGGAUUCUAGUAAGACUGGUGAAUUGACUUUGAAUGAUGUUGUUUAUGGGUUGGAUAAAUUGGUGACGAACGAUCUUUUAGAAUCGAUUAACUAUUUUUUUUCAUUGUAUGAUGGUGAUGAUGAUGGUCAGUUACAACGUGAAGAAGUUUUACAAAUCUCAGAAGGUCUGCUUUUCCUAACGGAUCCCUGGAAAACUGGGAAGUUCGUAGAUGCAUUAACCAAAAAAUCUAUUGAAGAAAGUAUAGCUGAACAAUUUGUCAAAGAGCAUGGUGGAGAAGUGAAAAUGAGCGACGUUCAACUACCCAGUGGUGUUACUAUUGAUGAGGAGAAGUUCAAAGCUGAGCAAAGUGAAAGAUAUUUACAAGCAGCUAGCAAUUUUCUGCAGAGAUCUUUUGAGUAUGCGCAACCUGUCGAAUUGGAGAAAGACAUAAAUUUAAUUGACCUUUCCAAUGAUGACCAAGAGGGGGCAACAGAAAAAAGGGAAUUCAACUCCUUGAAAGCAAAUGCUGCUCUUGAUCCUACACAUCCCAAGGUGAUUAAUCUGGCUACUUUUAGAAUGAUCAUAUUAGCUGAUGAAUCUUACGAAUUGCUCUUUUCACAAACUUUGAGAGAUUCAAUUCACACUUCCGAAUCAGUCAAUUCCUCUGAUACAAAGAAUAAGGCUCUUCGUAACAUGUUUGACGGGAUCAUUGCAGAUGGUAGAAGAGUUGCAGAAUCGGUACGUCGUCGUGUAGAUUCUGUCGCUACAAAGGGUAGUAUUGCUUCAACAGAGAGUAACAGUAACCAAACCACUCACAGCAAUGCUGUCUCUGCUGUUAGUGGUAAUGCUCAAGAAAAGACUGAAGAUUUGGAUGAUUUCACUACAGAACAACCCGGUGAACAUGAAGAAUUAUUGAGUAAUUCGUGGAUUGAAAUGGGUGACACCGGUGAUGAUAGCUUAAAGCAGAGUAGACCAUUGAGAUCGAUUCAACCAAACCCAGUAGAAAGUGAAGAUAAUCAACCUGAUCUCAUAGAAUUCGAAACAUAA